CAUCCAGAUUUUUCAAGAAAUCUUGAACGAGUUUUGAAAUUUUAAAAACGAGGAAUAGAGCUCAAUAAUUUUGGACAAAAAUCAGCGUAGAGCUUCCAAUACCAAACUAAAAUCUGAAAACCAGGAUUAGAUGAAAGGACAGGAUAAAAAAUGAUCGUCGAUGGAAAUGCCAAGACAGAUGUCUCGAAUCGACGUGAGCCUGGACAAUUUUGUGGAGAAGCUGAACAACCCCAAACUUUUAUCAGUGAAACCAGCUAUGUCAGAGUUUUAUUCCACACAGAUAACUUUACCGAUCAAACUUACUUCUCAUUCGAUUCCCGAGCCGAGCAACAGCUGGAGGUCUAUCUGCGCUACGGGCAGCAUCCCGAACUAUACCCGAAUCGCAGAGGGGAAGUGGUCCCGGGAUCUUACUGCGAGCGCGAGUUCCGCGACUGCCGCCUGCAGACCUGUUACGUGCAGUCGCCGGCCUACCCGGGGCUCUACCCGAGGGCGCUGAAAUGCCGGUACCGCCUGCACACCAGGCUACCCUUCAUCAAACUGUAUCUUCAGAACGAGCACUUCGCAGUCGACGGACAGCGAUGCGAGAACAUCAUGACAUGUCCCAUGAGACCCAUAGGAUCAGGAGCUGAUCACUGUCCAUACGAUUGGUUAAGCGUCUUUGAUGGGCGAGACGAUCAGGCGCCUCUUAUCGGAACAUUUUGCGGUAUGGGCAAAUUUCCACAUAGUAUUAUCGGAACAUCGCAGCAUCUCUAUGUGGAGUUUGUAUCUUCGCCAGCAGGUCCCCUGCUCAAUACCGGCUUCCAUUUCAACGUGGGCAACUGGCCUGGACACGUAGAGACCGCAGGCGUUCGCCAAGGCCCUUGCGAUUGGCUCCUUAGUUCCGACUCUUUGAAGAACUCUGGUGCUACUGAAGGUAUCUUCUUGAGUGUAGCACAUUGGUAUCCUCCUGAUACAACUUGCAGCUAUCAUAUACAAGGAAGACCGGGAGAAAUCGUCCGAUUGUACUUUCCGAGUUUCCGAAUAAAUCGUGUCGAGGCUGCCAUCCGACCAGCUCAGGGCGACUGUGCCGAAUCGCUAACAUUAUAUGACGCUGAUGGGCCCGAUGACGCGAAAAUCAUCAAGACUUUCUGUGACACGUUCUCUAGGCCCAUGGAAAAAGUCGAUUUUGUCAGUUCCGGGCGAUCGCUUUUCGUUCGCUUCGAGAGCAAAACGGGAAGCUAUAGCGGAUCUUCUCUGUACUACUGGGCGCAUUACGAUUUCUUCAACGACACCCGCUGGGGCAUUCCAGUGCCGAACAGCGUCUGCGACGAGACGUUCCCCGCCUGGCGCGUAUUGAAAGGAAAGCUGCGGUCUCCGCUAAAUUCGCUCGUGUACAAGAGGGCCGCCGGAUCCGACGUGAGGUGCCGUUAUCGCUUCGUCACCGACAAGAGACUAUUCUCGAGGGUUGUGCUGGAUAUAGUCAGCCUCAAUUUCAAGGAUCAUCCUUACAGCACCGGUCCAUGUACGAGAUGCAUGGACGAUCGCGUCGAUAAACUUAUGGCCUGGGAAGGCACAGGAAUUGAGCACGCAGGACUCAUGACCUGCCUAUGUACACCGCCUACAAGGCCGAUUCGUCUGGUGUCAUCCAGCGAUCAACUUACCUUAGAAAUGCUUGUACAAGGUUCCCAUGCAGCAGCGAGUUACUUCAAACACAACGCCGCGCUUUUUGAGGCCCGUUACGAGUUUGUACACGGACCACUAUGUGGACCUAUUUCUAUGGGGCCAACAUCUGAUGGCGAACUUGUUUACCCAUACAGAGGUGCUUUAGGGUUACCCUUGCCAGAUCCGCCAAGAAAAGAACGUUGUAUAUGGACAGUAAGAGUGGCCGCACAGCGGGAUCUUUGGCUUCAUUUAGAUAAGGCGAGGUUUGCCGGACGCAGUUGUGACGAAGGCCGUAUCGAAAUUGCCCUCGCUGGUCGAGCUGAACCAAGAUUUAUUGUUUGUGGUGAGAAUAUCAGUGUCGCCAAAGACCUACCUAUUUUAUCAGCCGCUGAAUUAGGUGCAAUAGAUGGCCCGGAAGGUCCACAAGAACCACCACCAGUCACAAUCCAAUAUAGUGGUGAUGGUAAUCCGUCUAGAGUCUUAUUCCGCUUGGUUUGGACAGAAUUAUAUCAUCUACCACGUAAUGCUGAUGGAACUUUAGCUACAUCAAAAUAUACCGAGUCUGGUGACAAUUGUGAAUUUGCUUGUCCUGGAGGCGCAGGCUUAUGUAUACCGACAAGAUUGGUUUGCAACGGCGAAGAAAAUUGUCCUAACACCACAUCAUUCAAUGCAAUCGAUACACGCUAUAUAGAAGACAAUCUUAAACGCAUGGGCUUGUGGCAACAUGAAGAUUUACGCAAUUUGAAAUUUUUAACAGACGAAUCACCGGCGAUAUGCAACCGAAGGGACGUGAGUGAUUUACAAUGGUUGGGCGUUGCAGUAGGAGCUGCUUUAGGAGCAAUUUUAGCCGCACUUUGCCUUGUAGCUUUGUGCAAAGCUUGCCGCCGAAAACGAGACUACUGACCAAAAAGUACAGCCACUACUACACUUUUCAACUACAAUAAUAAAUAUUAAUUAGUUUUGUAAAUAAAGCCAGAAGUACUAUUUCCAAAAAUUAAUCACAGAUAUAUUAUUUUUUUACUAUCUUGCAAAUACUUCAUGCAAAAUUCAAAAAACGAUGAUAUAUAUUUAUAAGUGAUUUAUCUGAGCGCGUGUAAAAUGAAAAUUAUCUAUUCUGGAAAUAGUAAACUGUCUGGUAUUCACCGUAUGAGCACAAUAUACAAAUUUGGCGUGUAGUGUGGCAGCACAAAUCACAAAUAUGUGGAAGAAUUGAAUGUCUGGAUUUUUAUUCUGAAACUGUAUUUUAAUCAAAGCAAACUGUUGAUAUUAAAGCAUUUCAAAGCAUGUGUGACUAAAACUGCUAAAUUUGAAAUACUAUUUUUGAUCUUGCAAUAAAUUUAAAACACGAAUCUAAUGUAUGUAUUAUAUGUAUAUAAACCUACAUGCAGGAUAUUCAUGGGGCUUAAAUAUAAAUUAAACUAAAAAAAU